CAACUAAAACGGUGUGCAAUAAAUAAUAACGAACAUUAUCCCGUUCAUCAAUUGGCCAAUGGCUGAAAAUCCUUCGAAAAAAAUUUCUUCAUCGUUUCUUCUCUGCAAAAUUCUAUCUUCUCCAUGAUUGAUUUCCAGAGUUACACGCCUUGAUUUCAAUUUUCCGCUUCAAGAAGAAGAAUCUGAUUUCGCCAUUUCCACGUUCUGCGGGAAGCGAAUCAACCAUGGAGGUUGCGGGAAUUUCUUCUGCUCAGCUAAUUCAUUUCCCAACCACACUCCAUAGAACCCUAGCCUGCAAUUUCUACUGCGUCGCCUCGCAUCGGAAUCCGCUGCCGAGAAUGAGAUCAUCAUCUUUCAAUUUCAAAACCGCGAAGCAUCCAAAUGUGUUGAGGAAGUGCGAGUUGAUUCGCACGGCUUUGGCGUCCGAUGUCGUUGGUACAGAACAGCCCGAGAUGGAGGAGGAGGAGAAGUUCGAUUGGUUUGCGGAGUGGUAUCCGGUUAUGCAGGUGUGCGAUUUGGACAAGAGAGUGCCGAUUGCGAAGAAGGUGCUAGGGUUGGAUUUGGUGGUGUGGUGGGACAGGAAUGAGAAUGCAUGGAAGGUGUUUGAUGAUAGUUGUCCGCAUAGAUUGGCGCCGUUGUCCGAAGGAAGGAUCGAUCAGUGGGGGAGGCUACAGUGCGUGUACCAUGGAUGGUGCUUUAAUGGCUCCGGUGACUGCAAAUUCAUCCCUCAAGCGCCCUCUGAUGGCCCUCCGGUUCACUCAUCCAAGAAGGCAUGUGUCGCUGUGUAUCCAAGCACAGUGCAGAAUGGCAUAGUGUGGUUCUGGCCAAAUUCUGAUCCCAAAUUCAAAGAUGUCAUUAUGGAGAAGAAACCUCCCUUUAUUCCGGAGCUGGACGACCCAUCUUAUGUUAAGUUAGAGGGAAAUAGAGACAUGGCCUACGGGUAUGAGAUACUGAUUGAAAAUCUUAUGGACCCUGCCCAUGUUCCAUACGCGCACUACCGGAUAAUUCAAGCCCCACCAUCAUUGAAAAACAGAGUGAAAGUUGACAGGGAAGGCGGCAGACCACUGGAUUUGAUUGUUGAAAAGUUGAAAGCAGAUGGUUAUGUUGGCAAACUUGAUAGGCUCCGUCACAAGUUUAUUGCACCUUGUGUCUAUUAUUUCUUCUCUGAUCCAGAGUUGGAGAGCAAGAACGAUGAAUCUGUAUCAUCAACUUCAAAGGUACAGAAACUGCCAACUGAAACCUCGCAGCGAAGAUCGUUCCUGGUAUUCUUCUGCAUCCCGGUCAGUCCAGGUAAAAGCAGAUUGAUAUGGUCCUUCCCCAGGAACUUUAGCAAAUGGAUAAACCAUAUUGUCCCACGAUGGAUAUUUCAUAUAGGGCAGAACUUGAUUCUAGAUUCAGAUAUGUAUUUUCUUCGUGUUGAGGAGCACAAAUUAGAGGAAAUAGGACCUUCUAAUUGGCAUAAAGCUUGUUAUGUGCCGGUUAAAUCAGAUGCCUUGGUGGUUGGAUUUAGAAGGUGGUUGAACAAGUAUGCAGGUGGUCAAGUUGAUUGGGGAGGCAAAUAUUCUGGCUCCCUCCCUCCACUGCCUCCUAGAGAACAGGUGUUUGAGAGGUAUUGGAGUCAUGUGGUGAACUGCAGAAGCUGCAAUGGUGCAUAUAAAGCUCUGAGAAUAGCUGAAGUGGGUCUGCAGGUCAUCUCCUUGGCUGCAAUUGGAGCUGUGGCAUUGACAAAGCAGGGUGUAAUUUGUGCAACAGCUAGGGCCGCCAUUGUCACCAUUGCAAUACUCUGCUUUGCUGCUUCAAAGUGGUUGUACCAUUUCAUUCACAAAACAUUCCACUUCCGAGACUACAAUCAUGCCCUGGUUUGACACUUUCUUUUCUUCCUCUUUUCAUGUCUUUCUUGAUUCUACAACUCAAUUAUAAUUAAUCUUGUACAUUUCAAAAUGAUCAUAUUUGAUUUGAGAAAACCUGAAACUUUGGGGCAA